AUGGCAAACAAGGAAGAAAGGAAAACAAGUAUGCACUUGGGACGAAUUCAACAGGGGAAAGAUGAAUCACUAAGAAGCUAUGUGAAACGUUUCAACCUAGAGGCCGGACAGAUCCCAGAUUUGCCCGACGGCGUCUCCUUCGAUAAUUUUAUCAGGGGAUUGAAGAAGGGAUCCUUUAAGUUUGACCUAGUCAAGAAAAGUGUGCGGACUAUGGCCGAAGUUUUGGACGAGGCCGAAGCAUUUAUCCAUGCAACAGAAAUAUGCAGUUCGUCAAAAGAUGGAAGGACUUUAGAAGCAACAGAUUCCUCAGGGAAGAAAGACAAAAUAGACCGAAAAGCCCCACGAGUAAAUGGUACUUGGGUUCUCUCGAAAGAGCAUGAUACCAAUUCUCCUGGACACAAGAGAGAACGUCCACAAGAAAGGGAAUAUUUCGAGUAUAACACAGAUCUCCUCACGAUACUGAAAGACGUCGGAACCAGGUUUGACCUUGAACGACCUUUCCCCAUAAAGUCUCCUGCUGAGAGUCGAGACCCUAAGUUGUAUUGCCAGUUCCAUGAAGACACAGGGCAUGAAACCAAGAACUGUAGAAGCUUGAAGAGAGCUCUAGACGGCCUAGCCUCCAAAGGACACCUCAAGAACUACUUACAGAGGAAUGCUCACGGCUUUGGAAAAAACCAGUACAAAAAGAACAAGUCACCUGUCUCACCUAUAGAGGGACAACACAGUGAAGGGGGGUUUGUAGCCGUCAUAUCUGGGGGACCAGCCGCUGGAGAACCCACCAUGAGGGGGCAGAAAGAUUAUGCUCGCCGCCUAGGGCAGGUAAUGCUGUCAGGAAAGUCACCUCUGAACCCAUUCCCACGGAUCGAGAUAUGUGAGUCGGAUGGUGGACGAGUAGCCACUCCGCAUGAUGAUCCUAUUGUGGUCGAGUUCAAAAUAUCCAAUAUGAGGGUGAAGCGCAUCUUAAUAGACACGGGGAGCUCGUCUGACAUAAUGAGCAUGGAAUGCCUCAACCUCCUAGCACAUGACCCCAAAACCAUGGAGAGCAUACAUUAUCCCAUCAUUGGAACCAUACAUGGAGACCAACAGCAAGAAAGAGACUGUUACCUCACAACCCUCAACCCGUCAGCAUGGAAGAAAGAUUCGGCCGAAGCCAAAAGCAAAAGAAAGCAUAAAGAAGAACUGCUAGCCGCCAAUGAGAGUAAACCAGCCAAACCAGAACCAGUCAAGAUAGAGAAAAGUGGCUGA